GUUUAUUGCCUCAGCUCCUGGAGCGAUUGCCCUCCCGCCCCGUUAUGCGCGGCUUCCAGGUCCAUUGGGCCACGGCUUGUGUUGAGAAUGACAUUAGGAGCAGAAAUUACUAGCCAGCUCAGGGCUACUUCAUACAUAGCAUCGGGACGAAACCUUUUGAGAUGGGACCUGUCACCAGAGGAAAUUAGAACAAGAACAGAAGAACUUAUCAGGAAGACAAAGCAUGUGUAUGACACUGUUGGGAUGCUUGAAACUGAAGAAGUAACACUUGAAAAUACUGUACGGGCUUUGGCAGAUAUAGAAGUGGAAUAUGCAGUGGAAAGAAGCAUGUUGGAUUUUCCCCAGCAUGUCUCCCCUGACAAAGAGAUACGCUUAGCAAGUACAGAAGCUGACAAAAAACUGUCAAAUUUUGAUGUGGAGAUGAGCAUGAGAGAAGACGUGUUUCAGAAGAUUGUUUAUUUACAGCAAACAUGUGAUCUUGAAAAUGUAAAGCCUGAAACAAAGCGCUAUCUAGAGAAAUCUGUUCAAGUGGGGAGAAGAAACGGACUCCAUCUUCCUAAAGAAGUGCAGAAAGAAAUAAAGACAAUGAAGAAAAAAUUGAACGAGCUGUGUAUAGACUUUAACAAAAACCUGAAUGAGGAAAAUACAUUUCUUGUAUUUUCUAAGGAAGAACUUGAUGGCCUUCCUGAUGACUUUAUUAACAGUUUAGAAAAGACUGAGAAAGACAAAUAUAAAGUUACCUUAAAGUAUCCCCACUAUUUCCCUGUUAUGAAGAAGUGCUGCAUUUCAGAAACCAGGAGAGUAAUGGAAUCUGCCUUUAACUCAAGAUGCAAAGAGGAGAACACAAAAAUUCUGCAGCAGUUGCUCCCACUAAGGGCAAAAGUAGCAGAGCUUCUUGGUUAUAAUACACAUGCCAACUUUGUCCUGGAGGUAAACACUGCCAAGAGCACGGAUAACGUAACAAACUUCUUAGAUGAUUUGAGUAAAAAGCUAAAGCCUUUGGUUGAGGAAGAGAGACGAUUCAUUCUAGAUCUGAAGAAGAAGGAAUGUAAAGAAAGAAACUUUGAUUAUGACGGAAGAAUCAAUGCAUGGGAUCUUCAUUAUUACAUGAGCAAAACUGAAGAGCUGAAGUACUCCAUAGAUCAAGAAAAACUGAAGGAAUACUUCCCAAUUGAGGCUGUUACAGAGGGCUUACUGAAUAUUUACCAGAAGCUGCUGGGACUUGAAUUUGAGCAAGUAGAAAGUGCUCAUGUUUGGCAUGACAGUGUUACUCUUUAUACAGUAAAGGAUAAAUCAACAGGAGAAAUGCUAGGACAGUUCUAUUUAGAUCUUUACCCCAGAGAGGGAAAGUAUGGGCAUGCAGCCUGCUUUGGUCUACAACCCGGCUGUCUUCUCUCCGAUGGCAGCAGAUUGAUGUCUGUAGCUGCUCUGGUAACCAACUUCACAAAGCCGGCAUCGGAUCAUCCGUCAUUGCUGCGACACGAUGAAGUAAAGACUUACUUCCAUGAAUUUGGUCACGUAAUGCAUCAGAUAUGUGCACAGACUGAUUUUGCAAGGUUUAGUGGAACUAAUGUGGAAACAGACUUUGUAGAAGUACCUUCACAAAUGUUUGAGAACUGGGUGUGGGAAAAAGAGCCACUACAGCAGAUGUCAAGACAUUAUAAAGAUGCAACCCAUGUUGGAGACACUCUCCUGGAGAAACUUGCUGCCUCUAGACUUGCUAAUACAGGCCUUCUAACCCUCCGUCAGAUUGUUUUGAGCAAAGUUGACCAGGCACUGCAUACAAAGCUGUCUGUUGAUCCAGGAGAUGAAUAUGCUAAGUACUGUAUGGAGAUUCUAGGAAUUCCUGCCACCCCAGGAACAAACAUGCCAGCUACUUUUGGACAUUUGGCAGGCGGUUAUGAUGGUCAAUACUAUGGAUAUCUGUGGAGUGAAGUGUUUUCCAUGGAUAUCUUCUACAGCUGCUUUAAGCAAGAAGGAAUAAUGAAUCCAAAGGCUGGGAUGAAAUACAGAAACCUCAUUUUGAAACCUGGAGGAUCUUUGGAUGGAAUGGAUAUGCUACAUAAUUUCUUGGAGCGUAAACCAAGUCAGAGAGCUUUCCUAUUGAGUAAGGGAUUACAUAUUCAGUAAUGUUCUGAUUAUUUUGUAAUGGCAUAUAAGUAUGGAAAGAGCUGGAAUUGUCAGUGUAUUUCACAUUUUAACUGUGUAUCACUCUAGGGAAACUGGGUCAUUUUGUGAUGAUUUUUUAAACUGUUUAAAUAAAAAUGUGACUUUUAAAACAAAAUUUCAUAGGCCUACAAAAUUCAACACAUCAGGGAAAAAAAUUCUGAGAUGUGCAGAAGCUGAGGAAUUUGGAUGGUAAUUUUAAAAAAUUGUUAUGAAAUAAUACUAAUUAAUACUAAUCAAUAUGAGGAGUUAAUGCCAUGUUUCUCUUAUAAGAGAUGCACUUAAACUAUGUCUUGUGAAUUCAUUUUAAAACUAAAGGGGAUAAAAAGAAUACAACCAGCAAUAAAAGAAACAGAUCCAUUCUUAUUCUUUAUUCUCUAUUGUAUUGAUGGCUCACCAGUGUCUAUGAUGGAUAGGAAGUGUGUUUGAUUUUGUCAUUGUUUGAAUUCAGUCCAGCUACCUGACAAAUUUCGAGACUGAGAACCUGCCCCAGAUACCUCUACAGCAGAGAUGUUUGUGUGAUACUUUUAGACCUAAUCCUGAUACAUGUUAAAUUUUUGUACCAUUUAUAUACUUACAUAGCAUAAUUAAAAAGGGAAAAAUUA